GGUCGUCACGCAGACGCAUUUCUCAAACUUCCGGCGUGUUACAUGUGCCUGUGAAUGUCAUCAGGAGAACAAGGUCUUAAUACCCUCACCCUUUCAGAAUGGAUCCGCAAAAAGGACGAUCGAGUAUAUUUUCUCCCUACUCUUCUAAUGACCCGAGCAUGAAUGUACCAGUGACUGCUGGUGCUGCAGGAUCCAUCAUGUCACCGUAUCUCAACAUUGACCCCUCAUAUAUUGGCUCGGGAGGCGAUGGAGACUUCAUAUUCCCAGAAGGGGCCAACAGACAGCGAGGCCGACUGGAGCUGUCAUUUUCUCAGAUUGGCGGUUCUGUCUUCGCAGGUGCAGCCGUCGGUGGUAUGAAUGGGGUUCUGACAGGGUAUCGGGAAACCCGUGCCGCACAGUUGACAGGAGCAGUGAGGAGAACACAAAUGCUGAACUUCAUCACCAAACAAGGAGCUUCAUCUGCCCAAACUCUGGGGGUUGUAGCUCUGAUGUACAGUAUAUUUGGCGUGGUGUUGUCCACAAGUCGGGGUGUAGAUGAUGAACUCAACACAGUAGUAGCAGGCACUGCCACUGGCUUCCUGUACAAAAGCUCAGCGGGCUGGAAGAAGUGUGUACGUGGAGGAGCAAUAGGCCUGACCCUGUCUGUGGCUUACGUCUUGUUCACCAGCAGAGAUCGACUCAAGUCUGUCAUGGGCAGAGAUUAAUUUAUGACUUGUCAGUGUGACUGAUUAAGAGAGUGAGUGUGGGGUCAUGCAUUGCACAUACUAGGGCUGUAAUCAUGUAAUGAUAACGACAUGAUGCGUCCCAGGAUAGUAUGUUGGUGACAUUGGUACACACUGUUAAAGUAAAGAACUUGCCAGUUGGUGCUGAGCCUUGUAAAUGUGUAACACAAGCUGAAAGCCAGGAACAAGACAUAAAAGAGAGUGCCAACAAGGGAGGCCCCCCGAGGAUCAAACAGCCAGAAAUGAAAUAGUCAUUGCAUCUAGGCAGCUGGACCCUGUUCCACAUUGUUGCGCUAAGGUGAUCGUAACUCCCAUACUUAAACAUAGACUUACGACUGUCGUAGCGCUACAAUCGUUUUGUGGAACAGGCUCCUGGUUUGUAGCUGCUAAACUGGAUGUCAACACCAAGAGACUUAUCUGGAAGCAUUUCAGAGAAGUCAAAUAAUUGGAAAUGUUUUGACAAUACUCUACCCAAAGAGAAGGCAUUUAUGAUUCCUCUUCACACCAUGGAGCAUUUACUUGCAGUGUUCAGAAUUAAGCAUGAACGUGAAGGGGUCCUUGUCUUAGUGUUAAAAAUGUAGUUGGAUCCUAAGUUCCAGUACUAAAGCAGCAGACGUCAAGGAUCCCAGGACCCCUCUUCGUUGUGGAACACUGACUUGCAUAGGAGGAAAUGUUAAGUUUUGUCAAUUCAUGGCAUACCGGGGCCCAGAGUAUGCUGAUUGCAGCCCUAUGAUGAGUCUGUGUGUGUGAGUGUGUGAGAGACCGAGCUUGUGUGUGUGACUGUGUGAGAGACGGAGCUUGUGUGUGUGACUGUGUGAGAGACGGAGCUUGUGUGUGAGAGACAGAGCUUGUGUGUGUGACUGUGUGAGAGACGGAGCUUGUGUGUGUGAGUGUGUGAGAGACAGAGCUUGUGUGUGAGGCUGUGUAAGAGACAGAGUUUGUGUGUGCAUGUUUAUAUAGAAAUUGUGUAAGGAUCGUGAAUCCUAAGUGGUUGAUGCCAGUGAUGUUUGUGGAGGAAUGCAGAUGUGUGUAUGACAGGAUAUGAAGGUGUAAAAGUGUUUUAGUAUACCAGGAUCAUUGCCAGUAAUGCAUUCAUCAAGAUCAUACGUGUGGGAGACAUGGCUGAUGGUGUGUAGCAUGGGGAAGACACGCUGAGAACUCUACUGAGCAGCACCAAACUCUACUGAAGGAGAGUCUGAUUACAUUUCUAGUGUAAAUAAAAUAUAUAAGAAAAACAUCAGUCUGCAACUUCAGUCAUGUGGUAAUAUUUGUUUGGUCAAGUACGCACGUCAAGUAUAAUGAUAGUCCAUACCGGUAUGUGGAACAGUUAAAUCUACUGAAGAAUGAAGCCAGGAGACAAAUCCAGGCCAGUUAGACUCAAAGUGUUUGGCACAGACUUAAACAUUCUGAUCAUGCUUACCAUCAUGUGUCACUUUUGUGUUGUUCCAAUUGUAAAUCUUCGUAGCCAUGGUAACAUGACAACAUCCUUUUCUGGAUGUUGGGGUAAUUUCCAAAGUUUGAAUUUGAAGGAAACCAAAAACUUUUCAUUUCCAGGUAAAUUUGAAUAGUGAAUAUUCCAGUUGGAACUUCCUUGAUAUUUUGAAUAUACAUCCUUGGAAUUCACUAUGUUUCUUAUUUUGCCAUGUGUAUUGUAGUAUAUUUGGACAUAUACUUGCAGUUACUGUGAGUGAUGUUGGUUAGAGGAGACAGUUUGUUAAUGUCAUUGAGUGUUUGUUUGUUUGUUUGUUGUGUGUUUUAGAUAAUAUGAACAUACCAAGAUCAAUAAACCUAUAUAAGAAUCAACUGUUAGCUUUCUGCAAGUUUUUCCAUGCUUGGUGACUUUUAUUAUCAGUGUAAUGUGAUUAAUCGUGUUGAUGAGAACGUUCUCCAAGUAAUUCUCAGUGAAGCUGUUUCCAAAACCAGAGCCCACAUGCACAACACGAUCUCAACACAAGGAGUUUCUUAACUACCACAGCACUAAGAUCUAUUUGUAGAACAAGGCACUGGAGUCUCAUGACUAAUUAAUAAAGUAAACAUGUUAUUCUAAAAAUUCUAUGUGAGCUGUCAAUUACAUUUCAAACAUCCAAGUCUAUUCUUUUAGAAAAUUUAUGAAAGUACUGAUUACUGAAAUUUGUUUUGCAAAAUGAAAGACUGCCUACUUGUUUGGUUGUAUGUUCAAGUAAACAUAGUCUUCAUAAGCUGAUGUCCAUUAUAUGAUCUAAGGGUACUAAGUCAGUUUCUUAGACCAUGGUUUGAACAGGAACCCAUGGCUAAUAUGGACGUUUUACGAAGAUGACCCAUGUGUGUGAUGAAACUGUACAUAGUUAUAUAAAAUAAACGAUGUCAAAUAUGAA